UUAAAGUCUUUUGUGUUAAUUUUUUUCCAAUUACAACAAAAAAAAGAAUUCUCAAGAAAAAAGUACAAUUUAAAUAUAAUAAAACAAAUAUUGUGUAUCAUCCUCCAGAACGUAUUUCUGCUUUAAAAAGCAAGAAAGGAAAAUCUAAAGUAAAACACGGAACCCAUUCGUUAAAAACAAAAAACAACACGCGAUAAACGUGGGUGAAACUCUCGUUUGAAUGCUUCAAACUAAACUCAAGAAAUGACUUCAAAAUCUAAUGGACCUUAUCUACCAGUUCCUGAAAUUCGUGAAGACACUGUACUACAGCAUUCCUAUAAGUCGAAUGUAAACAAAGAUGAUCCCUUCCGGAUGAAGCCACCCAAGCUGAAGCCGCGUUACCACGACUUAAAUUUAAACCGCAGCCAAAGCUCCCUACCCGCCCAUUCCAUUUCGUUUAAAGACAGCAGUGGCUUAGUUAGCGAUUCACUGCAAUCGUCCGUCUACAAUCGAAGCUCGGAGGAAUCCUACUUCGAGCAAUGCUUCCAAAAGAUCUCAAAAAUUGGUGAAGGAUCCUUCGGAGAGGUGUUCAAAGUACGCUCGAAGGAGGAUGGUCUAUUGUACGCCGUCAAAAAGUCCAAGCAGUUCUUCCGCAGCGAAAACUAUCGACAGGAACGUCUCGAGGAGGUCAAGCGCUACGAACAGUUCUCAGACAACGAUAACUGUGUGCGUUUGUACGAAGCAUGGGAGCAGGACGAUAGGUUGUACAUGCAGAUGGAACUUUGCCAAGAGUCAUUGGAUCACUAUUUGGGAGUGCGUAAACGAAUUCCCGAAGAGAAGAUCUGGUCGAUAUUACUGGACCUGCUGUUGGCUGUGAAGAGUCUGCACGACAAGAAUCUCAUCCAUUUGGACAUUAAGCUAGAUAAUGUGUUGAUCGGAGACGAUGGAAUAUGCAAAUUAGCUGACUUUGGACUCGUGAUAGAUGUCGAUAGAGCGAAUCGUCAUGAAGCUACUGAAGGCGAUUCUCGAUAUAUAGCUCCAGAACUAAUGCAGGGACAUUUUUCGCGAGCAGCUGAUAUCUUUAGCUUGGGCAUUGCCAUGCUGGAACUCUCGUCCUACAUUGAACUCCCACCAAAUGGUCCGCUUUGGCAGGAGCUACGAAGCGGAAUUCUUCCAGAGGAUUUUAUGCAACCAAUAUCUCCAGAACUGAAACAAUUGAUCAAAUCAAUGAUGACACCAGAUGCAAUGGCCAGGCCAACAGUAGAUGAAUUGCUUCGCAAUAGAAAAUUAGUUAAUCUUCAAAGGCGACGAAGGUGGGAUCUCUUUAGGAAAGUUAAACAAUCAUAUCGAAAGUCCAGACGUGCCGUUUGGUCAAAAUUGUGCAAUUUUAGAAAUGUUAUCUUCAGAUUAUUUGUUUCGUUGAUAACGAAUUUAAAAAUUAAAGAACCCCCAGUGACGAAAAUAACAAAAACAACAACAGCGACACCAGGAAAAGGAAGAGGAGAUAUUUCUGUUAUGGGAAAUAUAGAAAAUAGUUUUGUGACGGAUAAUUCUUUUGACAUUUCUUACAACCAAGCUACACCCACACAUUUUGGUGAUGCUUCAAUGAAAAUUGUCAAUUCAACGCCCCUCAAUCAUCAUCAUCAGAGUUUUCGAUCGCGAAAGGAUCUCACAAAAACUAGUUUUAGACUUGAUUCAAUUGAUGCCAAACACGAAAGCAGCAAUAUUUUGAGCUUCGAGGACUACGAUAUUACCCCAAAUAGCAUCUCUUUGGUUAGGAACCAAAUUGAUUCGUUAAGAGGAAAAAAACUUUUCUCAAAAGUAGAUGAUUCAGAUUCAGAUUGAAAAUUUAUAAUUUCAAUUAAAUUUAACAAACUCAAAAGAAAACUAUUUUUUUUUUAAAUUAUAAAAUAAGUAAAAAUAUUUACCUAUUUACCUUAGAAUCAGUUUCUCUGCAAUUUAAAGCAAAACUAAACAAAAAUUAUAAAAACACUAAUCUGUUUGCAUUGUUUUCUAUUUUCUUAUAUUUCUAUUUUUGUUUUAUCAAAAUGUUAAUUGUGUAUAAAUUUAAGAAAACUUUAACUCGAAAAAUAAUCUAUUAAAAUUAUGAAAGAAAAUUAUAAAUACAAAAAUUUUAUAAUAGAAAAUAAAAAAUAAAUAAAAUUGUUGCACUGUUUGUGAUAUGUAUUAAAUAAAAAAAAAGAAAAACGAAAAGCAAAACAAAAAACUUAACACACAAAACAGGAGAUGUUUUUUAUUCUUUUGGAUUUUUGUACUUUUCUUUUCAGUUGAUUGACAACAGAUUAAACUUUGCCUCUUUAAUUCUAGAUUCUUGAAAAUAGUUAAAUGCGAAAAUUAUGUAAAAAUUUGGGGUCAGUUGAGUACACAUGCUUGGAAUAUAAAUGUGGGACUUGAGUUUGAAGACCAAAGUCAAACGUGAUUCAAAGAUCAUUUGUGAGUUACUGUUUAUGGAGCAAGAAAGCGAUGAAAGUGUUUCUUAUAUGAGAUCAUUUGGGGGUGUGGUAUAA